AUGGACCUUUUGGAGGAUACUUUACAACGGCAGUUUGCUGAGAGUAGCGAUUCAGAUACGCGACGUGCAAAGAAGACGAAUGGCACUUCAGAGUGGAAUGACAAGCCUGAAAGUGAUUUCAAUCCAGACGAUAUCGGCUCCUAUAGUGACGCUGACAGUCUUACACAAGGACGCAAUCUAGCUAGGCAGAAACCUUUAAAACCGAAGCGGAACAGCAUAGGUGCAGAUCACCUAUACCCGAACAGGAGUCCUUAUGUCGGACUUGCCUUCGCUACCGUUCGCCUGAAUGGAUGCUGCUUUGUGACCGUUGUGAUCUUGGGCAUCAUGCAAUGUACUUAG